GUAUCUUCCUGCGCCUAGCCUGUGCCAGCAACACCAACAAUGCCGCGAACAGUGUCUGAUGGCGGUGAAGACUUCGACGACGACGUGUCCAGCCGGACAGGGUCAUCGCACCACCGCACGGACAGCAUCCAGCACGGCUACAAGGUCGGCUUCCCACCCAAGAAGGGCCUCCUUGCGGAGUUCUCCGACGCGGUGAAGGAGACCUUCUUCGCCGACGACCCGCUGCGGGAGUACAAGGACCAGCCGAGGUCCAAGAAGCUGUGGCUCAGCCUGCAGCACGUCUUCCCGGUGCUGGACUGGGGCAGGCACUACACCUUCGGCAAGUUCAAGGGGGACUUUGUCGCCGGGCUCACCAUCGCCAGCCUCUGCAUACCUCAGGACAUUGGUUAUGCCAAGCUUGCAUUCCUGCCACCACAUAUUGGACUGUACAGUAGCUUCGUUCCGCCUUUGAUAUACGCACUGAUGGGCAGCUCCAGAGAUAUAGCCAUCGGUCCAGUGGCCGUUGUGUCGCUCUUGCUCGGCACUCUCCUCCAGGAUGAGAUCGAUCCGGUCAAGAAUCCGUUAGAGUACAGCCGGCUGGCGUUCACCGCGACAUUCUUUGCGGGGAUCACUCAGGCAAUGCUUGGGUUCUUCAGGCUAGGAUUUAUCAUAGAGUUCUUGUCUCAUGCCGCCAUCGUCGGUUUCAUGGCGGGUGCCGCCAUCACCAUUGCUCUUCAGCAGCUCAAGGGCUUCCUUGGCAUUGUGCACUUCACCAAGAAGUCUGAUAUCAUAUCGGUCAUGGAAUCAGUCUGGGGCAAUGUUCACCAUGGGUGGAACUGGCAGACGAUGUUGAUCGGAGCGUCCUUCUUGGCAUUUCUUCUGGCCACCAAGUAUAUUGCCAAGAAGAAUAAAAAGCUUUUCUGGGUUUCUGCAAUCGCACCGCUCACUUCGGUGAUCAUAUCCACCUUUUGUGUGUACAUCACUCGUGCAGACAAGCAUGGUGUUGCAAUUGUCAAGGACAUAAAGCAAGGCAUCAAUCCACCUUCACUUCAUCUCAUAUAUUGGUCUGGUCCAUAUUUGAUGAAAGGAUUCAGAAUCGGGGUAGUCGCUGGAAUGGUCGGCCUAACGGAAGCAAUUGCAAUUGGAAGAACCUUUGCUAGCAUGAAGGACUACCAAAUAGAUGGGAACAAAGAAAUGGUGGCUCUAGGAACAAUGAACAUUGUAGGUUCAAUGACUUCGUGCUACGUGGCCACAGGUUCUUUCUCACGAUCAGCAGUCAAUUACAUGGCUGGCUGCAAAACAGCAGUAUCUAAUGUUGUUAUGGCAAUUGUUGUAAUGCUCACACUGUUGUUGAUCACUCCAUUGUUCAAGUACACGCCCAAUGCCAUCCUAGCUUCCAUCAUCAUAAAUGCAGUUGUUGGCCUAGUUGAUUAUGAGUCAGCAUACCUUAUCUGGAAGGUUGAUAAGAUGGACUUCGUGGCAUGCCUAGGAGCAUUCUUUGGAGUCAUAUUUGCAUCAGUGGAGUACGGCUUGCUCAUUGCGGUUGCAAUAUCUCUUGCCAAAAUUCUUCUCCAAGUAACACGGCCGAGAACAGCUUUACUUGGUAACCUUCCAAGAACAUUUAUCUAUAGGAAUGUUGAACAAUACCCAGAAGCUACCAAGGUGCCUGGGGUUCUGAUUGUAAGAGUGGACUCAGCCAUCUACUUCACGAACUCCAAUUAUGUUAAAGAGAGAAUCCUGAGAUGGCUGAGAGAUGAGGAAGAACAACAGCAGGAACAGAAAUUGUCGAAAACAGAGUUUCUGAUUGUUGAGCUAUCUCCGGUAACUGAUAUUGACACAAGUGGGAUCCAUGCCUUGGAGGAGUUGUUAAAAGCACUUGAAAAGCGCAAAAUUCAGCUGAUUCUCGCCAAUCCGGGGCCAGCAGUGAUCCAGAAGCUCCGGUCAGCGAACUUCACAGAGCUCAUCGGUGAAGACAAUAUAUUCAUGUCUGUCGGCGACGCAGUUAAGAAAUUCGCUCCGAAGUCGGCUGAGAACGUCUGAAGGAGACGCAUCUAGCGAUGUACAAAGAGAAGUGUGUAAGAGUGAUUUAUAGAGCAUACAGCACAGAAGACAGAACAGAACGGCGUGUGUUUGCAGAAAGGUAAAUAAUGGAGUUGUGCUGCAGUUGGAGCGCUCCAGGAUUUUUGCAAGAUGUGGUUGAGAGGGAAAAAAAAAAGAGAAGAUGCGUGGUGGGCUAGCUGGACAUCCACAUCAGUGUGUGUACUCGUGGUGUGUGUUGGCUAGCAAUUGGGUGAAGGUUGAUAUCAUGAUUCAUCACAAAAAAAAUGAGUAGUGCUUUGGGGUUUUUCAAGUUUUUUGUAUAUGUAUCAUUGUGUACCUGAUAGCAUUUACACUUUAUAAAGAGGUUUUGCAUUUGGCCGAA